AUGGAAAUAAUUCCGGGGCUUCCAGAAGAUUUAGGGAUGCAAUGCUUUGUGAGGGUUCCAUACAGAUACCACUACAAUCUUAGGGCUGCGUGCAAGAGCUGGGAUGCUCUUCUCAGCUGCCAACACUUUUAUCAACAGCGACAACGCCAUGGGCAGUGCGAGGAAGGAGUAGUUUCUCUUUACUAUUUUGGACAAAAUGGAGGUAAUUUCGAUGUAAUUAUUUAUUACCCGCUUGCGCAGUGGUGGGAAAGACUCCCUCAAAUCCCAACGGAAUUUGGACUAAAAUACAGGGAGUAUCAUCGUUGUGUGUUCAUUAGAUCGACAAAACAGCUGGUUGUGGUGGGGAUUUUCAAUAGCCGCAGCAACAAAGAUGGUGUGUUGAUAUUUGAUUUUUUAUCUCGGAGAUGGCGGCUGGGCGCCGACAUGCUAUACAGCAAAAACUAA